CAUAAGCGGUGGUGAGAGAUAGAAACCGAGGAAGAAAGCAGCAGGUUUUGAAAAAGGUCUCUGAAACGUCUGGUUUUGCUCUCUGUUUCGAUACGUUUCCAUGGUUUAUCAAUUGUUUGCCAACGGUGACUACGCCGCCGCCAAGUCGACGGCACCUGUCACCGGACGGGUCGCCGCGGUCUACAGCGAGAUUCAGAACAGCCGCCUUCACCACGUUCUUCCUCUUCCUUCCGUCCUAAGAAAGCCCUUCAUGAUCGUCGACGGCCCCGCUAGCCCCGCCGCCGGCAGUCCAGAUGAAAUCGCGAAGCUCUUUCCUUGCCUGUUUGGGCAACCUUCGGCUGCGUUGGUGCCGGCCGACUUGGGCGAGUUCCCCUCCGGUCAGAGCUUGAAGGUCGGAGUGGUUUUGUCUGGAGGCCAAGCCCCGGGAGGGCACAAUGUGAUUUCUGGAAUUUUUGAUUAUUUGCAGGAGCAUUGCAAAGGAAGCACAUUAUAUGGGUUCAAGGGUGGACCGGCUGGGAUCAUGAAGUGCAAAUAUGUGGUGUUGACUCCUGAGUACAUUUACCCAUAUAGAAAUCAGGGUGGAUUUGAUAUGAUCUGCAGUGGAAGAGACAAGAUUGAAACUCCAGCACAGUUUAAGCAAGCUGAAGAAACAGCUUUGAAGCUUGAUUUGGACGGGCUUGUUGUGAUUGGUGGAGAUGACUCAAACACAAAUGCUUGCCUCCUUGCUGAAAACUUUAGGAGUAAGAACAUGAAAACUCAGGUGAUUGGGUGUCCAAAGACAAUUGAUGGUGACUUAAAAUGCAAAGAGGUUCCUGCAAGUUUUGGAUUUGAUACUGCUUGCAAGAUAUAUGCAGAAAUGAUAGGAAAUGUUAUGGUAGAUGCUCGCUCAACUGGAAAGUACUAUCACUUUGUACGGUUGAUGGGGCGUGCUGCUUCACACAUUACAUUGGAGUGUGCUUUACAAACUCAUCCAAAUGUUACUCUUGUUGGAGAGGAGGUUGCUUUAAAGAAGCAGACAUUAAAAAGUGUAACAGACUAUGUUGUGGAUGUGAUAUGCAAACGUGCAGAACUGGGUUUUAACUAUGGUGUGAUACUUUUACCGGAAGGUCUCAUUGAUUUUAUUCCUGAGGUCCAGCAGCUUAUUGCAGAACUUAAUGAAAUUUUGGCCAAUGAAGUUGUAGAUGAGGCUGGUCUUUGGAAAAUGAAACUAAAACGGCAAUCUCUGCAACUUUUUGAAUUUUUACCCCCAACAAUUCAGGAACAACUGAUGCUUGAGAGAGAUCCACAUGGGAAUGUGCAGGUUGCAAAAAUAGAGACAGAGAAAAUGCUUAUCCAAAUGGUCGAAACUGAGCUGGAGCAGAGGAAGGAGAGGGGUGCAUAUAAAGGCCAAUUCAAAGGGCAGUCCCACUUCUUCGGUUAUGAAGGGAGGUGUGGUUUGCCAUCAAACUUUGAUGCUGCAUAUUGUUAUGCAUUGGGGUAUGCUUCUGGAGCACUCCUUCAAAGUGGAAAAACUGGGCUGAUAUCAUCGGUAGGGAAUCUGGCUGCUCCUGUUGAAGAAUGGACUGUAGGCGGAACAGCAUUGACUUCAUUAAUGGACGUGGAGAGGAGGCAUGGUAAGUUUAAGCCUGUGAUAAAGAAAGCUAUGGUCGAGCUUGAAGGUGCACCAUUCAAGAAAUUUGCAUCCUCUCGGGAAGAAUGGGCCAUUAACAAUCGAUACAUCAGUCCUGGCCCCAUUCAAUUUGUUGGCCCCAUAGCUGAUAAAGUUAAUCACACCCUACUAUUGGAAUUCGGAGUAGAGGCUUAGAGAUGUUAGCAUGCAGUUUCACAUUUCCCCAGGGUAUAUAUAUAGUAUCACAACCCAAGUUUUGCUUCCUUUGAGAGCUUUCCAAUAAUGCCCUUUCCAUGUUUAUUCCUUGUAUUUUCCUGCUCUACUCCUAGUUUUAGGCUGUCUUGGAAAAAUGUUCACUGAAUUUUUUUUGUUCCGUCUUCAUUUCCCAAUGUUGAAAAUAAUCUCAGAAAAGAGUGUUAAUUGCUAGAGGGAUCUGCCUAAGUUUCUGCUUAA